CGCAGCGGAAUGAGCGCUGAUGCAGUAACGCAGCCGCUGCGCUUUGUGUUGCACCUCUGAGCCGCUUUACGCUCUUUUUCUCACCCUGACAACUUUCACCGGGCGCUUUACAGUCUUCACUAGCGCGCACUUACUGAAGGGGACCUCGUCUUCAUCUUCUUCAUCAUCUGCUGGAGCGGGAGCGCGCGCAGAAUGAGGCGGCUGCUCGUGCUCGCGGCGGGAAUCUCAGCGCUCGCGUCGCUGUGCGUAUCAGCGCAGACGCUCGACGCAGGCGCAGACAGAGCCGCGCAGACGCAGGCGGCGGACAGAGCCGCGGAGCAGCCCAGAUCGAGCCGAUCGAAGCGGCGCGGCGGCGGACAGGACGUGCUGAAGGGGCCGAACGUGUGUGGAUCUCGUCAUCAUGCGUACUGCUGUCCCGGGUGGAAGACCUUGACCGGAGGCAACCAGUGCAUCGUCCCUAUUUGUCGCAGCUCCUGCGGAGACGGCUUUUGCUCCAGACCUAACAUGUGCACCUGUCCGAGCGGCCAGAUCUCUCCCACCUGCGGAUCCAAAUCAGUCCAGAACUGUAACAUCCGCUGCAUGAACGGCGGCACGUGUUCAGAGGACCAGUGUCUGUGUCAGAAGGGCUACUCCGGAGCUCACUGCGGCCAGCCGGUGUGUGAGUCCGGCUGUCUGAAUGGAGGCCGAUGUGUCGCUCCGAACCGCUGCCUGUGUAACUACGGCUUCACCGGAGCUCAGUGUGAGAGAGAUUACAGGACGGGCCCGUGUUUUGCGUCGGUCAGUAACCAGAUGUGUCAGGGUCAGCUGACCGGAAUCGUCUGCACUAAGACUCUGUGCUGUGCGACGGUGGGCCGGGCCUGGGGUCAUCCCUGUGAGCAGUGUCCAGCACAACCACACCCCUGCCGCCGAGGAUUCAUUCCCAACCACCGCUCUGGAGCCUGCCAGGAUGUGGACGAGUGCCAGGCCAUUCCUGGACUCUGUCAGGGGGGAAACUGUGUGAAUACUGUGGGCUCAUUUGAGUGCAAAUGCCCUGCUGGACACAAGUUCAACGAAAUCACACAGAAAUGCGAAGACAUCGACGAGUGCUCUCAGAUCCCGGGCCUGUGCAGUGGAGGUCAGUGCUCCAACACCAUCGGCAGCUACUUCUGCAGGUGUCCGGUGGGCUUCGACACGGCGCUGGACGGCUCGCGCUGCAUCGACGCUCGGACGGGCUUCUGCUACGCUAACAUCGUGAGCGGACGCUGUGCUAACCUGCUCCCACAACGCAUGUCCAAGAGUCAGUGCUGCUGUGAGAACAGAGGAUGCUGGUCCGGAUCCAGCGUCCCGGAGAUGUGUCCCAUCCGAGGAACAGAGGAGUAUCAGAGGCUCUGUCUCUAUAGUCACACGGUUCCUGAUCCGGACCGACCCGAUCUGAUUCCGCUUCCGGGUCCUGGUCCUGGUCCUGGUCCUGGUCCUGGUCCUAUUCCUCGUCCCGGUCCCGGUCCCGGUUUUCCCGAUGACCCACGAGAUCCUUACCCUCAUGAUCCGAUACCUGUGCCGCCCAUCUCUGUUGACCUUCCCUCCUUCACCAUCAGACCUGUGAUCCUGCCUCAGAACGUCAGCAUCAGGAACAUGUGCGAGGCGUUUCGUAACCUGUGUAUUAACGGCCGCUGCGUGCCGACGCCGGGCAGCUACCGCUGCGAGUGUAACAUGGGCUACAGACUGGACGGCCGCGGGGAGUGCAUCGAUGCGAACGAGUGUGAGAGAAACCCCUGUGUGAACGGAGAGUGUGUGAACACGCCUGGAUCCUAUUACUGCCAGUGUCCUGCUGGAUUCCAGACCACAGCCACCAGAACCGAGUGUCGAGAUCUGGAUGAGUGUGUGGCUAAUGGUCGUAUCUGUAAUAAUGGCCGCUGCGUCAACACGGAGGGCAGCUUCCACUGUGUGUGUAACGCAGGCUUCGAGAUCUCCGCUGACGGACGCAACUGCCAAGACACUGAUGAGUGUUUGAUAAGGAACAUCUGUCUGAACGGCAUGUGCAUCAACGAGGACGGAAGCUUCAAAUGCAUCUGCAAACCUGGAUAUUUAUUAGAUGGUACUGGACGAUUCUGUGUGGAUGUGGACGAGUGUGAGAUCCCUGGGAUGUGUAUGAACGGUCACUGCGUCAACACCGAGGGAUCGUUCCGCUGCGAGUGUAUGCCAGGACUCGCUGUGGGGCUCGACGGACGCGUCUGUGUAGACACACACAUGCGCAGCACGUGUUACGGAGGAUAUAAGCGUGGUCAGUGUGUGCGACCGUUCUUCGGCGCCGUCACCAAAUCUGAGUGCUGCUGCGCCAGUGUAGAGUAUGCCUACGGAGAGCCCUGCCAGCCGUGCCCGCCGCUCAACUCAGCGGAGUUCUCAGCUCUCUGCAGUCACGGGCAAGGAACCACGACGGACGGCAGAGAUAUAAACGAGUGUGCACUGGAUCCUGAUAUCUGUCAGAACGGUGUGUGUGAGAACAUGCUGCGAACGUACAAGUGUAACUGUAACCUGGGCUUCGAGGUGGACAUCAGCGGGAAGACCUGCGUGGAUGUGGACGAGUGCAUGAUGAACAGACACCUGUGUGAGAACGGCCUGUGCAGAAACACACCGGGCAGCUUCACCUGCCACUGUCCCAAGGGCUUCACCUUCCAGCCCGAGACAGAGGUGUGUGAAGACGUGGACGAGUGUUUGAGUAACCCGUGUGUGAACGGCGAGUGUAAGAACAGCGCCGGCUCGUUCGCGUGUCUCUGCUCCACAGGAAGUACACUGGACACCUCAGGAACUCUGUGUGUGGAGACCACUAAGGGCACGUGUUGGCUGAAGGUGGUGAACGCACAGUGUGAGAUCAACAUUAAUGGAGCGACGCUGAAGUCUCACUGCUGCGCCACGCUGGGGGCGGCCUGGGGCUCACCGUGUGCCAAAUGUGAACCAGAUCCGUUCUGCUCUAAAGGUUACGGUCGAGUGAAGGGCACCGUCUGUGAGGACGUGAACGAGUGUGAGGUGUUUCCUGGUAUCUGCAUCAAUGGGAAGUGUGUGAACACCGACGGCUCGUUCGUCUGUCAGUGCCCCAGCGGCAUGACGGUGGACUCCAGCGGAAGGACCUGCGUCGACCUGCGGACGGAGCUGUGUUACCUCACACACGUGGACGAGCGCUGCGGGGCCCCGAUCUCGGGCCGGCACCGAGCGGACGCCUGCUGCUGCUCCGUGGGCGCGGCCUGGGGCCCCGAGUGUGACGAGUGUCCAGAGAAAGGAACGCCCGAAUACACCCAGCUCUGCCCUCGGCCCGGAUUCUCCCACCGAGGAGACUUCAUCAACGGCAAGCCCUUCCUGAAAGAUAUAAACGAGUGUAAGAUGAUCCACAGCUUGUGCAAGAACGGCCGCUGCAGGAACACCAUCGGGAGCUUCCGGUGCCGCUGCGACAGCGGCUUCGCUCUGGACUUCGAUGAAAGGAACUGCACAGAUAUCGACGAGUGCCACAUCUCUCCUGAUCUGUGCGGUCACGGCACCUGUGUGAACACCGCCGGUGAUUUCCGCUGUGAUUGUUUCACCGGAUACGAGAGCGGCUUCAUGAUGAUGAAGAACUGCAUGGACAUCGACGAGUGUGAGCGAAACCCUUUACUCUGCAGAGGAGGAGAAUGCAUCAACACCGAAGGCAGCUUCCGCUGCGAGUGUCCAGAGGGUCACGAGAUCGCCCCUGACGGCUCCGCCUGCCUCGAUAUCAAUGAGUGUGAGCUGAGCGACAAGCUGUGCAGGAACGGUCAGUGUGUGAAUAUGAUCGGCCGCUACCAGUGCUCCUGUAACACCGGCUACAAGUCCACUGAAGACAGGCUCUCGUGUGUCGAUAUCGAUGAAUGCACCAUAGAGAACGGAGGCUGUGAGACGUUCUGCACCAAUUCAGAAGGAAGUUACGAGUGCAGCUGUCGCCGUGGUUACGCCCUCAUGCCCGACCUCCGGAGCUGCACAGAUAUCGAUGAGUGUGAGGACAGUCUGGACAUCUGUCACGGCGGUCAGUGCACCAACAUCCCCGGAGAAUUCCAGUGCCUGUGUUUCGACGGCUUCAUGUCUUCUGAGGAUAUGAAAUCAUGUCUGGAUGUGAACGAGUGUGAGCUGAAUCCGAACAUCUGUCUGAGCGGGAAGUGUGAGAACACCAAGGGCUCGUUCAUCUGUCACUGUGACCUCGGCUUCUCCGUCAGGAAAGGGACGACCGGCUGUACAGACAUUAACGAGUGUGAGAUCGGCGCUCAUAACUGCGACCGUCACGCCAGCUGUACGAACACCGCCGGCAGCUUCAGAUGCAGCUGCGCUCCGGGAUGGAUCGGGAACGGGAUCAAAUGCACAGAUCUGGAUGAGUGUUCUAACGGGACGCACCUGUGCAGCCCCAGCGCAGACUGCAUGAACACCAUGGGCUCCUACCGCUGCCUGUGCAAGGAGGGCUUCGCUGGAGACGGAUUCUACUGCGUCGACACUGAUGAGUGUGCAGAAAACGUGAAUCUGUGUGAGAACGGACACUGUCUGAACGUUGCUGGUGGAUACCGCUGUGAGUGUGACAUGGGCUUCAUCCCCACCGCAGACGGAAAAGCCUGUGAAGACAUAGACGAGUGCACGUUUGCAGAUAUCUGUGUGAACGGCCGCUGUCGUAACAUCCCGGGUCUGUUCCGGUGCCUGUGUGACCCGGGGUACGAGCUGGACCGCAGCGGAGGAAACUGCACAGACGUGAACGAGUGUGCUAACCCCACCACCUGCAUCAGCGGUCUGUGUCUGAACACACCGGGCAGUUAUAUCUGCAGCUGUCCGCCGGACUUCGAGCUCAACCCCACUGGAGUCGGCUGCGUCGACACUCGCUCUGGAAACUGCUACCUGGAUAUACGAUAUCGCGGUGAUUUCUCUGAGAAUCUGGACUGCUCGACUGAGAUCGGUGUGGGCGUUUCCAAAGCGUCCUGCUGCUGCUCUCUGGGUCAGGCGUGGGGUUCCCCCUGCGAGGCCUGUCCACUGCUCAACUCCUCGGAGUACAGGACUCUGUGUCCUGGAGGAGAAGGAUUUCGACCCAAUCCCAUCACUGUGAUACUAGAGGAUAUCAACGAGUGUCAGGAGCUGCCUGGUCUGUGUCAGGGAGGAAACUGCAUCAACACGUUUGGUAGUUUUCACUGUGAAUGUCCGAGAGGUUUUGCGCUCAAUGAAGAAACCAGGAUCUGUGAAGAUGUGAAUGAGUGUGAGCGUUCUGGCAUCUGUGGUCCGGGUCUGUGCUACAACACCAUCGGGAACUACACCUGCAUCUGUCCCGCCGAGUACAUGCAGAUCAACGGAGGAAACAACUGCAUGGACAUGAGGAAGAGCUUGUGCUACAGGAACUACUACUCUGAUAACGCCACAUGUGACGGAGAGCUGACCUUCAACGUGACCAAGAAGUUCUGCUGCUGCUCAUAUAACAUCGGCCGGGCCUGGAACAAACCCUGCGAGCGCUGCCCCGUCCCCAGCACCAAUGAGUUCGCUGUGCUGUGUGGAAGUGAGAGGCAGGGAUUUUCCAUUGACAUUUACACCGGUCAAAUCAUCGACAUCGACGAGUGCCGUGAGAUUCCCGGUGUGUGUGAGAAUGGCGUGUGUAUCAACAUGAUCGGCAGUUUCCGCUGUGAAUGUCCGAUGGGUUUCGUCUAUAAUGACAAGCUGCUGAUCUGUGAAGAUAUUGACGAGUGUCAGAACGGGCCGGUGUGUCAGCAGAACGCCGUCUGUCUGAACGUUCCCGGAAGUUUCCGCUGCGAGUGUACACCUGGAUACCGGCAGACUCCCACCCAGCAGUGUGUCGAUCGUAACGAGUGCGCUGAGAAUCCCAACAUCUGCAGUCCUGGUCAGUGUAUUGAUAUGGUGGGUAGUUACCGCUGCAUCUGCCCCAACGGCUUCAAAUCCACACCAGACCUGUGUAUCGAUGUGGACGAGUGCGAGCGCCAGCCGUGUGGAAAUGGAACCUGCAAGAACACUGUGGGCUCCUACAACUGUCUGUGUUACCCAGGGUUCCAGCUGUCACACAACAACGACUGCAUCGACACAGACGAGUGCUCUUCGCUCCGGGGUUUGUGUCGGAACGGAAACUGCAUCAACACGGUGGGCUCGUUUGUGUGUGUGUGUCUGGACGGGUAUAAACUCUCUCCUGAUGGCCGGGUGUGUGUGGACAUCAACGAGUGUUUGAUCAGCCCUGGCACCUGCGGCCCGGGAACGUGCCAGAACCUGGACGGGUCCUACAGGUGCAUCUGUCCUCCGGGUUACUUCCUGCAGAACGACCGGUGUGAAGAUAUCGACGAAUGCUCUCAGACUGGAGAGAUCUGCAUCUUUGGCAAGUGUGUGAACACGCCGGGCAGCUUCAGGUGCGAGUGUCCGGAGGGAUUCCAGCUGUCCUCCACCGGGAAGAGAUGCAUGGAUUUUCGUGUGAAUUACUGCUACACUGAGUUCGAGAACGGACGCUGUCAGGCUCCGAAGAGCUUGAACACCACUAAAAGCUCCUGCUGCUGCAGCGUGAUGCCGGGUCAGGGAUGGGGUGACCCCUGUGAGAUCUGCCCCUCUCCAGAGGAGGAGGCAUACAAAGCCCUGUGUCCUGCCUCUGGUAAAAUCCUGACUAUAGACGGCACGGCUGUGGAUGUGGACGAGUGUUCAGAAAACCCGGGCAUGUGUAAGAACGGUCACUGCAUCAACACAGACGGGACGUUCCGCUGCGAGUGCCCCUUCGGCUACCGGCUGGACUACAAAGGGAUCAACUGCGAAGACACCAACGAGUGUGAGCUGGGGAACCCGUGUGGGAACGGCACCUGCACAAACGUGGAGGGAGCGUUCGAGUGCAGCUGUGACGAGGGCUUCGAACCCGGGCCCAUGAUGACCUGUGAAGACAUCAACGAGUGUUCCCAGAAUCCUCUGCUGUGUGCGUUCCGCUGCGUCAACACGGUGGGCUCGUACAAGUGUAAAUGUCCGGCGGGAUACGUGCUGAGAGAAGACCAGCGGAUGUGCAAAGAUCAGAACGAGUGUGAGGAGAGUCUGGACGACUGCGAGGUCAGAGGAAUGUCCUGUAAGAACCUGAUCGGCACGUACAUGUGCAUCUGUCCGCCGGGAUACACCAGACAGCCCAACGGAGACAGCUGCGUGGAUCUGAACGAAUGCAAGGCCAAGCCGGGCAUCUGUGAGAACGGCCACUGCGAGAACACGGUGGGCAGUUACCGCUGCGUCUGCGAUCAGGGCUUCAGUCCCAGUCCCAGCAGAACCGAGUGCAUCGAUAACCGUCAGGGCUUCUGCUUCCUGGAGGUUCUGCAGACGAUGUGUCAGAUGAGCUCCAGCAGUCGUGUGAGUGUGAGGAAGUCUGAGUGCUGCUGUGACGGGGGCCGCGGCUGGGGGCCCAACUGUGAGCUCUGCCCGCUGCCUGGGACCACACACUACAAGAAGAUGUGCCCGCUGGGCCCCGGAUACACCACCGACGGCGAGGAUAUAGACGAGUGUAAGGUGAUGGGGAAUCUGUGUAAGAACGGUCAGUGUUUGAACACACCCGGCUCCUUCAGCUGCGUCUGUAAAGUGGGAUACACCACUGACCUCAGCGGCACGCAGUGUGUGGAUGUGGACGAGUGUGUUCAGGCUCCUAAGCCCUGUAACUUCAUCUGUAAGAACACGGAUGGUGGAUAUCUGUGCUCCUGUCCUCGAGGAUACGUGCUGCAGGAAGAUGCCAAGAGCUGCCGGGAUCUGGACGAAUGCAGCACCAAACAACACAACUGUCAGUUCCUGUGUGUCAACACCAUCGGAGGAUUCACCUGCAAAUGCCCACCAGGAUUCACACAACACCACACGGCCUGCAUCGAUAAUAAUGAGUGUGCCUCUGAACCGGGUCUCUGUGGUCCGAACGGAGUGUGUCAGAACAGCCCUGGCAGUUUUAACUGUGAGUGUCAGAGAGGUUUCUCCCUCGACCCCAACGGACAGCACUGUGAAGACAUGGACGAGUGUGUGGGGAAUCAUCGCUGUCAGCACGGCUGUCAGAAUCUGGUGGGAGGCUACAGGUGCAGCUGUCCUCAGGGAUACCUGCAGCACUACCAGUGGAACCAGUGCGUCGAUGAGAACGAGUGCCAGAACGGUCAGAUAUGCGGCGGCGCCUCGUGUCACAACACGCUGGGCAGUUUCCGCUGUCUCUGUCCGACGGGCUUUUCCUUCGAGCAGCAGACCGGAGGAUGUCAGGACAUCAACGAGUGCAGCUCCUCACAGAACCCCUGCAGCUUCGGCUGCUCCAACACCGACGGAGGAUACCUGUGUGGCUGCCCGCCUGGAUACCUGCGUGCUGGACAGGGGCACUGUCUGUCCGGGGCGGGGCUGUCGUCCGGUGGAUCUCCUCUGAUUCCCUCUGCUGACGGAGACGAGAACGCUCUCUCCCCCGAGGCCUGCUACGAGUGUAAGAUCAACGGCUAUCCGAAGAAGGGCCGCAAACGCAGGAACGCCAACGAGAGCGAAGAGCUGCAGAACGCUCUGGACGGGGUCAGUCUGGCCAGUGUAGACGUGGAUAACACCCUGCAGCUGCGUCUGAACAUCAGCACGCUGAAGAGCAAAGACCACAUCAUCGACUUCAUGCCGGCGCUGUCCACGCUCGCUAACCACAUGCGCUACGCUAUCGACCACGGCGACGGCGACGGCCUGUUCCGCAUGAGCCAGAAGGACGGCGCCAGCUACCUGCACGUCUCCAAGAAGAAAGCUCUCCAGCCGGGAGCCUAUUAUUUACAAAUCCGCAGCGUGCCUCAGAGCGGCAGCCCGGAGCGGCCCGACACAGACUACCUCAGCGGGCAGCGAGGAGACGCCCUGCACAUGAGCGUCCAGAUCGUCCUGCACUGACGGACACUGGGACGGACUGCAGCAGCCUCGCCAAAGAGCAGCACGCACCGCAUCAUACGCUCGCAUUACACACGGCCCGGGCCGAGCAGCGCUUGAAUCCCAUCAAUUCCACUUCAGACUCUGCUCAGCGAUUCCAGUCCAAACAUCUCGCUGCUUUGCCGUUAUAAGGUUCUGUCUGCAUUCUCAGCAGAUUCCAGAGAUUGAGCUAUUGCAUUUUAUUCGUUUUUUUUUUUUUUUUUUACUUCUGUAGAUAGAACCCUUUUCUUUUCUUUAAAAAAAGGCUCAAAAUGUACACAGCUUAAAAAGAAACACCAGAUCAUGUAAAUAAGGCGUCACGGAAUAAGAACGUGAACCGGAGAGAACCUUAUAAUCCCGAGGCGACGGAUUAGAUAUCAAGCUUAUUUAUUAUUCCGUCUCUUUUCAUUGCUGCUGAAUACUAUAAACUAAAAUCAGCCGGCUGCAUAAAAACUGGACUCUAUUUAGCAAAAUAGAGCUUAAAUUGAGGCUUUUUUCUAAUGCUUGUGGUCACGAUUCUGAAGAAAAGAUAUUAGACAAAUAAACAAAAUGGAACGAUUCAGUGAUUCAGUGACUCGGUGUGAACGAAUCUCUCGAACGAACGACUCAAAGACCCACACGUAUCACACAGCCCCUCGUCGCUAGGUAAAAAUGAAAGCUGCGCACGCAGGAAUUGUGAUUUUAAUCUGAUCUGACUCUGGAAUUGGAAUUGAUGUGGAUUCCCGACCCUACAUAUUACACACACCCCCACGGCUGCGGAGGAACGAGGGAAGUUUCUCGCUCCGGCUCAGUCUAUCGUAUCUUACCGGUGCUAGUAGAUUCCUGCACUGUAAUAACCGCCCCGCGCCGUCUGCGGCUGCCCGACGCUAGCCUUUCUGUCCUCUGCAAAUAUUCCAACGGGGUUCCUGCGGCUCUUAUCAAGGUCAAGAACAUGCGAGGAACAGACCGAACGGAGCUCAGCGCUUCAAGAUGCUCCCUGAAUGUAAACCCAGCAAAAACACACACAGCGUCCAAAACAUCUCCGAGUGCUUUUUCUUUAUUAUACGAAACUAAAACAGCUCAUGUUUUGAACAUCUGUGCUCAGAAACACUAGAAUAUGUAAAUAACUGUUACUGUAUCUUCUGAUCACACUGCUGUCUUUUCUCUUGUUUUCCAGCGCAAAUGUUUUGGGAAAAUCGAGUUACAUUUACUGGAGAAGCAAAGUGAGCAGCGUUCAUGAGGUAGUUCCUAAAAAUAUACACCUUUACAGGGACCCAAAAAAUGAUUAAAGAUGGGACCAAAAGUAAAACGUUACACAGUUAGUUACAGUAUAGUGAAGCAUUACUUUUAAAGAGAACACUGAAAGUGACAAAAUAAGAAGUCUUACUAUUAAACGAGUUUAUGAUUAAGGGGGUGUUUCAACUAAAAAUGGACAAUCUUUUGAGCGUUUUGGCCAUUUAUACAUCACCGGGGAGGUUUUUGACAAAAGCAUGUAAAGACUUUAUAUAUAAUUCAUAACUACCUGUACUUCACAGCUGACUAACUACUCAAUAAUGACCAAACACCUGCUCAAAGGAACUCAAAUGAAAGAAUAUUUUCUUUUCUCAGAAGCUGUUUCCAUCCAAACUUAUGAGAGAAAGCAGAAUACUGCGUAAAACAAUUCCCUGAGUGUCAGAGAAAAAACAGUCCGGUGCAAAAUAGUCAUUAAAUGAAAGUUCCUGCAGUACAGGACACUUUCUGGGCUUUUUUUCCUAAAUAAUACGGAGGUGAUUAUAUCAAAUCAUUUUGAUGCUCAGGCCUUUCAGGAUCAUUAAAGUAACAUCUGAGAAGAGAUCGGUUAAUCUACAUAUCCAGUCACAGGACCUCUUUUGUUGCGUUGGGUAACUCCGUCAAGCGUUUUUCUUAUUGGUUUUUCCACAUCCAGCGUUUUAUGCAUUAUUUCGCACGUCUUGAACGUCUAUGUCGGUGGAAGUAUCUCACGUGUUCAUUCUGUGUCUCCAGUCGAUGUUUGUGCUGUAAAACAAGAGCGAAAUACCGAGGAAGUGCAUGCAGCAUUGAUGAAUUCAGGACCUUCGCAAGCCCCGCAGAAACCCUGUCCAUGUAAUUGAAGUGUGUCUAUACUGUAACCGUGUCACUUUUUUACUCGCGAACGCAUUUGUAAACUAGAGGACCCCUGGAACGGAGGGGUUUGUAAUGGUGCUUCUUAUAAUGACCAACUACUUGUAAACUGUGUUUCUGUGACUCGAUCCAUAUGCACUGAGGUCUGACGGCCACACACACACACACACACACACACACACACACACACACACCUGUGGCCUCCGGCGAUGAGAACGCCGCCUCUGCCGUCUGUACGACCACGUUCUGUUCUGUCUUCACACUCGUGAGGGGUUAGAUGUACAUUCACAAUAAAAACAUAUUUUUGGUUGU